AUCUGCUGAAGAAGAGCAAGCCGAGCCGUGUGGUGGUCGUCGGCUCGUGCGGCCAGGUGGCCGGUCGGCUGAACACGGAAAACCUGAGCUUCGGCCGCUACUGGUUCCCACUACUCAACUACUGCACCACCAAGCAGUGCAACAUGCUCUUCACCGUCGAGCUCAGCAGGAAGCUGACGGGAUCCGCGGACUGGGCAGAGGAACCGUUCGAAGCCAAGGGGAACAAAAUGUCGGCGGCGACGUCGAGUCCUCGACAUGAGAUGCAAGCUGAGCGGCAACGAUGUGGUCUGGAAGACGCUGUCUCGAAGCUGUCUAGCCCUAGCGGUGAGAACAUCGACUCGCAGGGAGGUUUCACCGUCGACAACCAUCCCGCCGACACAAACCUUCGCAAGAGACAAUCGAGUGUCACAGUAAACUGCUGUCACCCUGGCUUCGUGCGCUCGGAAAUCGCUGUUCGCAGCAGCGAUAUCCAGACGUGGCUUUUCAACUGGCUGCUAAACUUCUACGGUAAG